AUGGGUAACCUGGUCACCCCGCAGGCCUCCUCCCCGCUCCCCGACCUCGCUGCUAGUGGCCCCUCGUCCUUCCCGCGGGGAACGGAGGGGUGUUUCCCGGGAAGAAGCAGUUUUAUCCCCCUCUCCCCCGGGCCCAGGACAGCAUCCCAGGCAGUAGGCUGGGCCGAGGACGGCGGGCCCGCGCAAGGGCGGGCUUUCUGGCCUGCGACCGCCUGGAUCUCAGCUCCCAGUGGCCGUGGGGAAGGCGCGGGGGCCGCGGCAGCCCCGACGCGGGCUCCCCCACCCGCAACCCCGCCGUCCUCGCAGGGACAUCGAGGGCCGUGCUUUCCCCGGCGGGCGCCCCCCACCCCCGCCGGCCCGUCACGGUGCUCCACACGGACGUCACGCACACCUCGGCGGCCGCGAACACCGCUGCCGUCUUCCCGCUUCCGGCCGGCACGCAGGGCCCGCAGACGCGGGGGCGCCCCGCUUCCGCGUCAGGGAGUGGCGUGGGUCGUGACGCCAUCGCGCUCUGACGCCAGACCCACGUGCGGCGCCGUCGCCCGGGAGACGCGCCCGGCCGUUUGGCGCUUGCGAACGGGAGGUGGAGGUGAGAGGCCCCGGGCUCCCUCAGCCGGCGUCCCCGGCUCCCCCGGGCGGCGGUUCCGGGGCGGGGCGCCCGGGCCUGACCGCGGCCCCGGGCCUCCGACCCCAAGCCUCCCUCGGCCUGGACCCCUGACCCCGUCCCCCCCCCCCACCCGCCUCCUCGGCCUCCCAGCCCCGCUCCCCUCGGUCCCCGGCCCCCCGCGCUCCCAGCCUCCUCGGCCUCUGACCUCGCACCCUCUAGGCCCCCGACCCCGCGCCCCCCAGCCCCCUCGCCCCGGCCUCCUUUCUCAUUCCUGCCGUGGCCGGCCCCUGCAGCACGCAUUAGGAAGGGGCCGACCUCAGUUUCCCCCGCAGUUGGUUUCUGGAAGACCCUGCUACGUCUGGAGCGCCAUUGGACGCUGA